GUGCGCCGCAAUCGAAUUCGAUCAAGUAGUUGGAUUUCAAAUUGGAUUUAACGCCGUUUCGGUCAAGUUCUGUUUUCUGUGUUCUGAAUCACUUCGGAGUGACAUACAUAAGGCAAGGUCGCGGAUUAGCUCGUAGCCAAAGUCAAAAAUGGAAGGCCAGGCCAAGCAAGCGUACUUCGUAAAUGAGGCAUUUGCCCACGAAGAACCGCCUACUGGAGGUGGUGUAGGAAUUGGAGCUGGAGCUGGGGGAGAUAAUCUACAUCGCCGGAAGAGCGGUGGCAACAAGGAACUCCAGCUGGAGAUAGGUGGCCUCAAGAAGGAUGCCAGUGGUGAUCCACCCAGCAUGGACUUCGAUGACAUACUCCCCUUGAUCGGGGAGUUCGGUCGUUACCAGAAGCUACUUUUCAUCUGCAUGAUUCCGUUCUCGUUCUUCGUGGCCUUUGUGUACUUCUCGCAGAUAUUCCUCACCUUGAUACCCGAGCAGCAUUGGUGUCAUGUUCCCGAAUUGGAUGCCUUGGAUGUGGAGGCCAGGCUGGCGCUUUCCAUACCCAUGACCAAUGGGGAGUACAACAAUUGUUACAUGUACGACGUCAACUACACAGAGAUUUUGGCCCAGGGCAAGGUGAUGGCCGAUCCGAAGUGGCCGCGGGUCAAGUGCCGCCACGGCUGGUCAUACAACUUCACGGAGAUCCCCUACUCGACGGUGGCCACCGAGCAGAAUUGGGUCUGCGAUGACGCCGCCCUGCCCACCUACGCCCAGUCCAUAUUCUUCCUGGGCGCCAUAGUGGGUGGUCUCCUCUUCGGCUGGGUGGCCGAUCGGUUUGGCCGCAUUCCCGCCCUGAUCGGCACCAAUAUGAUGGGUCUGCUGGCCGGAGUGGGCACCGCAUUCGUGACGAACUUCUGGCAGUUUGCCGCCAUGCGAUUCUUCGUGGGCUUCGCCUUCGACAACUGCUUCACCAUGAUGUACAUUUUGGUUCUGGAGUACGUUGGUCCCAAGUACCGCACCUUUGUGGCCAACAUGUCGAUUGCCAUCUUUUUCACUGGAGCCGCUUGCCUUCUUCCCUGGAUCGCUUACUUUUUGGCUGAUUGGAAACUUCUGGCCAUCGUCACCUCAGCUCCGCUCCUCCUGGCCAUUUUUACCCCCUUGGUCGUACCAGAAUCCGCACGUUGGUUGGUCUCCCAGGGAAAAGUGGACAAGGCCGUUGGAAUCCUCAAGAAACUGGAGAAGGGCAAUGGCCGCCAGGUGCCACCUCAAACCUAUCAGAUAUUCGCAGACAGUUGCAAGAGGAUGCAGGAGCAGGAGGCCCAGAAUGGAAGUUAUUCCGUACUGGAUCUGUUCAAGUCACCGAGAUUGCGACGAACCACUCUGCUGCUGAUUGUCAUCUGGAUGGCCAUCUCGCUGGUCUUCGAUGGACAUGUCCGGAAUGUGGGUUCCCUGGGACUGGACAUCUUCUUCACCUUCACCUUGGCUUGUUUCACCGAACUCCCGGCAGAUACUCUCCUGACCGUGAUCCUGGAUCGCUUUGGUCGCCGUUGGCUGGCCUGCAGCUCCAUGGUUCUGAGUGGAGUGUUCAGUUUACUGGCCACCGUGGUGCCUGUGGGCAUCUACUCCGCUGCUCUGGCCAUAAUGGGUCGGUUCUUCGUGAACAUCAGCUAUAACAUUGGCUUGCAAUGGGCUGCGGAGGUUCUGCCCACAGUGGUUAGGGCCCAAGCGGUGGCCUUCAUCCACAUCAUGGGCUACGUGGCCAGCAUAAUUGCUCCAUUUGUGGUCUAUCUGGCCAAUAUUUCCAAUGCUCUGCCACUGAUCAUCCUGGGGAUCCUGGGAAUCGUUGGUGGCUUGCUGGCGCUGCUGCUCCCCGAAACCCUCAAUCAUGUCCUGCCUCAAACCCUUAGCGAUGGAGAGGAGUUUGGACGUGGUCAGAGCAUUUGGGACUUCCCCUGCUUGGCCAAAAAGGUGGACGACGACGAGGACGAGAAGAGGAACGCCGACGUGGAGGUGCGAUCUCAGGCCUUUGUGAGGGGAACCCAGACGGGCGCAUCCCUGAAUGCCUCCACGGGUGGUGAACUACGAUCCAGUAUCUUGCGUCGAUCGGUCAAGUCACGCAACUCCACGAAGCUGUAGGUGAUCAGCUUUAGAACCCACUGAUAGGUAGCUAAUUGUUAUAGCGGCCUGUAAUCUGUAGCUCUGCCUUGCAUUUUUAGCAUCAAAUAGCCUCUAAGUGUCCGUUAAAGACUUUUGUGAUACUAGAAAUAAGAAAUUCUAUGCGUCUCCCAAAACAAGUGAAUAAAGUCAAAAUAUAAACGAA